CUGACGAGCGAAGGAAGCUGUGUGUGGAGGGCAGGAAGGGCAGUUUUGUCGGAGUGAGCUCUUUUCAAGAAUGCCCCGGAGUUUUUCUUGAAAAUACGUUCACUUUAUCUCUUCCUCUCAUUCGUAACACACCGUUUCUUUCCCACAUUCUCGGGUUUUCUCUUCUUCCUGUCUCAGUUCGAUAUCUGUUGUUUUCGUGUGCGAGUUGUCUCUGGACUAGCUUGGUUAUUGCGUGUGGUAAUCUGUGUUUUCUUCAAAAAGCUGUUGUUUCUGCACUACUGUCAAUUUCUAAGUUCUGUCGACGCACAAUGAACAACUGCACUAUCGAUAGCUCUAAUCGAGGAUGGUUCACUACGUCUCUCGUUAUUCAGCUGACCACAUGUUUCUAUGGCGUGAUAGGAACCAGCCUGAGCCUGUGGUGUCUCCUGACCUGCAAGCGCAUCCAGACGGGAAUGAAGAUCCAGUUGGGUCUGUUCUUCGCCGUCCUCCUGUUGCUUUCCGCGAUGGCCAUGCCCGGGGCGGUUGUGGUCGAAUACCGGUCGUGGCUAUGCUAUGAAGAGGCACCCACCCUUCGGAUUGCCUUCGUCGGACUCUACACGAUUGCAGUCGCGCUCGAAAGGAACAUCUUCGCAGGGAUUGCAGUUUAUAGACUGGUGGCCGUAUGUUUUCCGCAGAAGUACAAGGUCCUGACGCGGUGGAAGGUGGUGACUGUGGUGGAGACUCUUAUUUGCUUAGGCGUCUUGGUACUGUGGAUACCAAUCUUCCUAAAGCAGGACGUCCAGGCUAAAGACUUAAACAACCCGAGCAGCUACAGCAUGGGUCUCGUGCUCUACUACUUGGUCUUCCUGUUCCCUAUCUUCGUUUGUGUGUUUGCCUACGCUAUUUUGAUUAUCGUGAUGAUGGUGCGAAGAUACAAAGCGAAGGAGAGCAGUGGGCUGAGGCCGAGCUACAACGACCAGGUGAACGUCGCCGUGGGCGCGGUCAUCCUGACCAACCUGCUGCUGGAUGGGCCUCACAUCAUCGUGCACAUCCUGGGCAUCCCUUCAACGGACCUUGCCUUCAUCCUCAUCCACGUGGUUUACCGACUGCACACUGCACUCGACCCGUUCAUCUUCAUCGGCCUCAACUUGCACUACCGGCGGCAGGUACUGCGCCGCGCUGUGACCUGCUGCCCCGUUUGUGCCAACCUCGUCAGCAGCAACUUGGCGACCACCACUGCCGAGUCCAGCAGCCGACGACCGGACAGUGUCGGGCAAAAGGUCCAUCCAUCCUGCUCCACACAAGUCUAGGCAGCAGGCAGUGCCACUCGUCCAAAUUGCCCCGCAUGGCCUAACUGCUUCCGGUCUGGCCAGGCGGUGGUUUGCUCAUUUCAUUGUCAUUUGUACAAAAUAUUCGCAUUCACGUUAGUUCUAUAACGUUUUCAUACACAUGCACACACGCACACACACACACACACACACAC